AUGAGAGAAGAUGGUGAGGCAUCUGAUAAACCUCUCGACAUUGCUGUGUUAAGUAGAUUGAAACAGUUCCGGGCGAUGAACAAACUCAAGAAAUUGGCUCUGAAGGUAAUUGCAGAAAACCUUUCCGAAGAAGAAAUCAUUGGAUUGAAGGAGCUUUUCAAAAAUAUGGACACAGAUAACAGUGGAACAAUAACAUUUGAAGAGCUGAAAGCCGGUCUUACAAAACUGGGUACCAAGCUUUCCGAGUCAGAAGCGAGGCAGUUGAUGGAAGCGGCAGACGUGGAUGGAAAUGGAACAAUUGAUUAUAUUGAGUUUAUAACAGCUACAAUGCACAUGAAUCGAAUGGAAAGAGAAGACCACUUGUACAGAGCCUUUGAAUAUUUCGACAAGGACAAGAGCGGGCACAUCACUAUGGACGAAUUAGAGCAUGCCCUGAAGAAUUAUAAUAUGGGUGAUGAGAAAACAAUAAAGGAGAUCAUUGCAGAAGUCGACACAGACAACGAUGGAAGAAUUAACUACGAUGAGUUUGUGGCCAUGAUGAGGAAAGGCAACCCAGAGUUGGUAACAAAUAGAUGCCGCAAAUAGCAUUAAAAAUAGGAUUCCUGGUGAUUUGCUUUGUUGCUCCAUUUUGCUGAUGACUCCAACUGGCUUUUUCGUUUAACUGGUUGUAUCACGUCUUUGUACCUGAGUUGGCAAUCCAUUCUGAGUUUAACUACCGGGAAUCACUGGACAGUUCGUGCCUUUUGGAGAAGUUUGUGUGUUUGUGCAUGAGUUACCUUAACAAAAAGACAAGUAUGCUAGAUUUCCAGCAGUUUGCUUCAGUGAUUAUGUAUUUACGGGUGAGAUGCAGGGUGAUGCAUUGAAUUCGAAUUGUGUUGUCUUACCUGUUUCUAAGUUGGCCCAUGUCUCAAACUGUACAAUAUAAGUUGUCAAUGCAGACUUAGGAUAAAAGGCUUUCUUUAGUUGAGUUAGGUUGAAUUUUUCCGCAAUGGGGUCCCUCAUGUGCUCCAGGUUGUGCUAAUUUGUCAAUAUCUGUUUGGUCAAUCAAGGAUUUUUAAUUAAUUAUUAAUCUAUUGGAGCAUGAACGGGUUGUUGAGACUCCAAGAUCCAGUGCUGUACAAAAUCCUAUCUAUCGGUUGAGUUUAGCAUUGUACACAUGUUAAUGUAAAAUAUCUGACCAUUUUUGAAGAUAUGGAGAGUAGACUGUGUGGCUCCAUUAAAUGCAUAGCUUAUUUGAAGAGUUUUCGAUUGCUUUGAUGUUUAAAUGAUCAUCUCCCAAAU